CCCUCAGAGUCUCAGAGUGGGGAGGAAGGAGAAACAUGUCGGCCGUGCAGCUGCUGCGGGUGUCGGUACAUGAGCGGAUCAGCGCUUCCGCUGAAGACUUCCUGCUGCAGGUGGAGAAAGGAGGAGGAAAGGCUGAAGUCCUGGAGCUGAGAGCGAUGCUCACCGAGCGGCUCGCGGGGGCGGGGGAGGAGAUCCUCACGAGGCUUGAGGAAACCGUGGCUGGGUACGAGGACCGAGUGGAGCGGUCCGAGCGGGAGAGGAGGGUGAUCGAUGCCGCGAUGCAGCCCGUAGUCCGGCUGCACAGAGCAGUGUGUCCUGCAGACGUCCAGCAACUGAUGGUGAUAAAAGAAGAGGUAUCCCCUGAGCAGCCGCAGAGGAACCCUCUUGUGGACCAGGAGGACCCAGAGCCCCCCCACAUUAAAGAGGAACAAGAGGAACCGUGGACCAAUCGGGAUGGACAGCAGCUUCAAGGACUGGAGGAGGCUGAUAUCAAGUUCACAUUGACUCCUGUCGCUGUGAAGUGUGAAGAAGAUGAAGAGAAACUUAAAUCGUCAAAGCUUCAUCCGAGUGAGAGGAAGGAGAACAAAGCGGACUGUGGAGGACCAGAACCAGCCAGGAACUCAGGUCCUGAUGGACGUUUACAACAAGGUCCUGAGGAUAAGAAGGAAGACUCUUCUGAGACUGAAGAGAGUGAGGAUGAUUGGCUGGAGACCAGGGAACCUCAGACUGGCUUAAAUACAAGAAACAACAAACGGCCUCUAAGUGAUAUGGGAUGUAAGACAGAGAAAAAAUCGUUUAGUUGCUCUGAGUGUGAUAAAAGAUUUAGCCUACGGAGCCAUCUAAAUACACAUAUGAUGAUUCAUACAGGAGAAAAACCGUUUAGUUGCUCUGAGUGUGGUAAGAGAUUUAACCUAGGGGGCAAUCUAAAUAAACAUAUGAGGAUUCAUACAGGAGAGAAACCGUUUAGUUGCUCUGAGUGUGGUGGUAGAUUUAACCAAAGGAGCCAUCUAAUUACACAUAUGAGGAUUCAUACAGGAGAGAAACCGUUUAGUUGCUCUGAGUGUGGUGAAAGAUUCAACCAAAAGGGCAAUCUAAAUACACAUAUGAGGAUUCAUACAGGAGAGAAACCAUACAGUUGCUCUGAGUGUGGUAAACAAUUUAACCGAAGGGACGAUCUAAAUACACAUAUGAGGAUUCAUACAGGAGAGAAACUGUUUAGUUGCUCUGAGUGUGGUAAAAAAUGUAGCUGUAGGGGCAGUCUAAAUAGACAUAUGAGGAUUCAUUCAGGAGAGAAACCAUACAGUUGCUCUGAGUGUGGUAAACAAUUUAACCGAAGGGGCGAUCUAUAUACACAUAUGAUGAUUCAUACAGGAGAGAAACCAUUCAGUUGCUCUGAUUGUGGUAAAAGAUUUAACCAAAAGGGAAAUCUAAAAAGACAUAUGAGGUUUCAUUGAGGUGAAAAACAGUUUAGUUCAGGGGUGUCCAAACUUUUUAUCCCGAGGGCCACAUAUUGAAAAAAAUACGGCGGUCCGGGCCACUCACGGCCGCAGAUGGCCCGCGGGCCGUAGUUUGGACACCCCUGGUUUAGUUGAUCUGAGUGUGGUAAAAGAUUUAAGAUUCAGUCCUAUUGUACGAGACAUGUGCGGAUUCAUAAAGGAGAGAAUUGAUUCAGUUGCAACCUUUGCAACAAACAUUUAUUCGGAUUUAUCAACAGAUAUUCAUAGUUCACUGUUUUAAAUAGACUAUUUACAGUUUUUAUGUCCAUAUAAAAUAUAACGUAUUGAAUAACACAAAAGAUUUGUGUUUAUAUCUUAUUUCUACAGAUUUCUACGUAAUCUAUUUUUCAUAACGUCCUUCAUGUAAUUUUAAGGUUAAAGUGUUUUCCUUGCACAGUAUGUAAGUCAAUCAAUCAAUCAAGUUUUAUUUGUAUAGCCCAUAUUCACAAAUUACAAUUCAUCUCAUAGGGCUUUAACAGGGUGUGACAUCCUCUGUCCUUAACCCACAGCAAGAGUAAGGAAAAACUUCUAAAAACCCUUUUAACAGGGUAAAAAUAUGUAGAAACCUCAGAGAGACCCACAUGUGUAGGAUCCCUCUCCCAGGACGGACAGAAGUGCAAUAGAUGCCACGUGCAGGAAAACAUAAUCAAGAUUAAAGUCUUCAAGAUUAAAGAUUAAAGUCUCUAGCAGCAUUUGAUGAGGGUAAACAUCCCGAAGGACAACCCCAACAUGACAUGCCAAGCAGUUCCGCUGCGAUCACAGUCCAUGGUCAGCAACCAGCAGGACCACGAUCCACCAUCCAGACCAGACGCCACUCCAGACCUCAGUCACCUUCCACCGCCGCCCACCAGGACCCAUCACGAGCCACCACCGCGGUCCUUGUCCACCGCCCGUGCCCAAUGCCAACACGACACAGGGUCCGCCACCAGCACCACGAUCAGCCCACAUAACUCAGAAUCCCCCACACUGGAUCCAACACGGCGACCCCCGUUGCGCGAUCCACAAACCGCAAUCCAUGGUGCGACCACAGAGGCCCUGGAUCUGCGGGUGAUAAAACAAAGGGAUUCCGGGGAAAGGGGAUAGGGAUGGAGAAGAGGAAGGAGAAGCUGGAAAGAGAAGCUCCGUGUGUCAUGUGUCAUAAAAUAGAACAAGUAACGUUCUGGCGCACUAAUUAGCUCUAACUAUAAGCUUUAUCAAAAAGGAAGGUUUUGAGCCUACUUUUAAACGAACAGAUGGUGUCUGCCUCCCGAACUGAAAGUGGUAGAUUAUUCCACAGCCGAGGGGCUUGAUGGCUAAAAGCUCUGGCUCCUACUCUACUUUUAGAGACCUUAGGGACGACAAGUAGGCUUGAAUUCUGGGAGCAGAGUGCUCUAGUGGGUUUAUAAGGUACUAACAGCUCUUUAAGGUAAAAAGGCGCUAUAUUAUUAAGGGCCUUGAAGGUGAGGAGGAGAAUUUUAAAUUCUAUUCUAGAUUUAACUGGAAGCCAGUGUAGCGAUGCUCAUACUGGAGAAAUGUGCUCUCUUUUCUUUGUUCUCGUCAGGACACGUGCUGCGGCAUUUUGGACAAGCUGUAGAGUCUUUAACGACUUACUGCUGGAGCCUGAUAAUAAUGAAUUACGAUAGUCCAGUCUCGAUGUAACAAAGGCGUGGACUAGUUUUUCUGCAUCUUUUUGUGAAAGGACACGUCUAAUUUUUGAAAUAUUACGCAAGUGGAAAAAAGCGGUCCUAGACAUUUGUUUUAAGUGACUAUUAAAGGAUAAAUCAGGAUCGAAGAUCACUCCCAAGUUCCUGUAAGUGUGUUCUUAACUAGUUCAUUUGAUUUAAAUAUGUUUGUUGUAAAACAAUGGUUUCUUGGUUCGUGAGAUUCAAUGACCGUGUUUGUUCUCCUUUAUGUAUUGAAUGUGUUUCCAAGAAUAAAAGUCUAAUAAAAAGAUAACUGCAUCGUC